AGUAGGAAACAAUAAGUCCAUUUUUGGUGGAAAAUUCCUUGUUGAAAGGAAAGUUAUUAGAAUCUUUCAAACCCAAACAAUUCAUUCUCAAAAUUCUCUCUCUGUUAGGCAUGAGAUUUUCCAACUCCCAUUUGGCAGAGAAAUCCCAUCAUAAACAUCGUUCCCAGAGGGAGAGAUGGGUCUGGUCUGGUCCUCUGUUAUGCUCUUUCUUAGCCAUCUCCGCCAUUGUUUCCUUCUUCUUCUUCUCCCUCCGCUCCCCAAACCCUUCUCUUCUUCUCCGCCCCAACCUCCCCGCCCUCCAAUCCAUCCACGAUCCAACCCCUCCAAAGGAGAAACAGAGGUGCAAUCUGUUCAAAGGGCAUUGGAUUAAGCAGGCCGGAGGAUCGGGCAUGUACACGAAUUGGAGCUGCCCCACGAUCCCAGAAUCGAAGAAUUGCUUCAAACAGGGGAGGAAGGAUAUGGAUUUUGUGAACUGGAGAUGGAAGCCAGAUGAAUGCGAGCUUCCAAGAUUUGAUUCCAUGGCGUUUCUCCAUCUUCUCCGUGGAAAGAAACUCGCUUUUAUCGGCGAUUCUGUUGCCAGAAACCAAUUCGAAUCUCUCCUCUGCUUCUUGUCUCAGGUAGAAACUCCACAAGAUGUUUAUAAAGACUCUGAGGAUAGGUUUAGAACAUGGUAUUUUCCAAAAAGUGACCUAACCCUUCUCAUGCUUUGGACUAAAUUCCUCGUGGCCGGAGAAGAGAGGGUUGUGAAUGGAACGGGAACGGGCGUUUUCGACCUACAAUUCAACGAGAUCGAUAAGGAUUGGACGCAACACCUACCCGAAAUCGACUACGCGAUUCUCUCUAACGGGCAUUGGUUUUUUCGAGUGUUGUACUUGCAUGAAGGAAACAACAUUCCCAAUUGCAUCUAUUGCAGCAAUCCAAAUAUCACGAGUCACAAUCCUGACUUUGCAUUGAGAAUGGCUUUUCGAGCGGCUUUUAAGUACAUCAAUGAUUGUAAGAAUUGUGGUAAGUUGGUGACAUUUGUGAGGACGUUCUCGCCUGCCCAUUUCGAAAAUGGGGUUUGGAACACGGGUGGCUAUUGCAAUAGAACAGGUCCGUCGAGUGCGAAGGUGAUCGACCAAGAGAGCUUUGAUUGGAAGCUAAGGAAUAUUCAGAUAGAAGAGACGGAAAAGGCGAAACUAGAGGGGAUGGGGAAAGGGAAGAGAUUCGAGGUGAUCGACGUGACGAUGGCUAUGACGAUGAGAGCGGACGGGCACCCGGGGGAGUUUUGGGGAAACAAAUGGAUGAAGGGUUACAAUGACUGUGUGCAUUGGUGCAUGCCAGGCCCCAUUGAUGCAUGGAAUGAGCUUUUGAUGGCAGUUAUAAGGAAGGAGGAGGCAGCUAUGGAUUCAUAACAAUAAUACCAAAUAAUUUCAUUAAUGUUUUACCAAUUUUCAUUUUUG